AUGACUGCAUCCAGAUACAGUAGUACACUUGCUGAGGAUGUUCGCUCGGAUUCCACUUUCAGGAUACCCCUCAUUGACUUCGCAGCUUAUAAGCGGGCUACCUCUUUGGCUGAGAAGCGUUGCAUCGCGGAUGACAUUGUAAACGGAUUUAAAGAAGUUGGCUUUGUGUAUCUAACAGGCCAUGUGAUUGAACCCGGGACGGUCGACCGCGUAUUCCAGAAGGCUAGUAUUCGCAUUUAUAACCGUGCAGAAUUCUUUCAAUUACCCGAAGAGACUAAGGCAAAGCUGGCAUGGGACGACCCUAAGGCUAACCGUGGCUAUGUUCAAGUUGGCCGUGAGCGUGUUUCCACUUCAGUGGAUGCUGCCGAGAUCGCUUCACUACGUGCAAAGGCUCCAGACACCAAGGAAUCUAUGGAAAUUGGACGUGAAAAUCAUCCGAUGUUCAGUAAUAAGUGGCCUCAGGAAACUGAAGUACCUGAGUUUAAGCAGACGAUGCUCCACUUUUUCCAGACUUGCCACGAAGUGCAUACUAUGGUCAUGAAAUCAAUUGCGUUAGGUCUUGACCUUCCUGAGGAUUUCUUCGACAAUAAGAUUGAUCGUCAGGACCACAACUUACGGCUUUUGUCCUAUCCUCCUAUUCAAACCUCUCUACUUUUAGGCGAUGGUCAAGCCAGGGCUGAUUAUGGAACUUUGACGCUCUUGUUCCAGGAUUCUAUUGGUGGUUUAGAGGUCCAGAACCCUCAUACUGAGCAUUAUCAAUCUGCUUCACCUAUUCCCGGGACAAUUGUCGUCAACGCUGGGGAUCUUUUGGCGCGCUGGAGCAACAAUGUCCUCCGUUCAACCCUCCAUCGUGUAGUCGCCCCGCCUGCAAUAAAGAUCAAUGCUACCGAAGGCAUGACCCCCGCACGGCAGUCAGUUGCAUUCUUUUGCAACCCGAAUUUCGAUGCCAUCAUCGAGAGUUUGCCCAGUUGCACAAGUACAGCCAAUCCAAGCAAAUAUCCUCCAAUCACUACAGAGCAAUACAUUGUAGGACGUCUGGCAGCUACUUAUGAAAUACGCCCAGAUAUGAAAUUCUGA